AUGCGCAGCCUCCUCAACAAGCACGCCGUCAUCACAGGUGGUAGCCGGGGCAUUGGGUUGGCCAUUGCUCACCGGUUCGCCGCCGAGGGCGCAUCAGUCACCCUCGUCGGUCGUGACGAGGGCCGGCUGCGCUCAGCCCUGGACAGUCUCUCUGCGUCUUCUCCAGAGCACAAGGGCGAGACGACGCAGCCGUCGGUCCCGCACGGCCUUCACGCUUUUGACGUGGGCGAGAUCCAAGGCUGGGGUGAACUGACCAAUAAGUUGAAAGAGUCCAAAAGACCAGUCGAUAUACUCGUCAAUGCAGCUGGCGUAACCCAGGACUCGCUUCUUUUCAGGGGCGAAUUUCACAAGUAUCAACAAAUCAUCAACACCAAUCUCAUGGGCACCAUACAGGGCUGCGGGGCCAUCAGUAACUGGAUGAUCAGGCAAAAGACCAAAGGAUGUAUCAUUAAUGUUUCGAGCCUGCUGGCCAUCAAGGGCGGACGUGGAGCCAGUGUCUAUGCAGCCUCGAAAGCAGGAAUUGUUGGUCUAACACGAUCUUUGGCCACAGAGAUUGGCCAAUUCGGCAUCCGAGUCAAUGUCCUGCUGCCUGGGUAUAUUCAGACCGAAAUGACACAAACGUUAGACCAGAAGGGCAAUCUCUCUACUUCCAUUCCCUUGGGGCGUUUCGGGACAACCGAGGAAGUGGCAGAUGCCGCAGCCUUUCUGGCCAAGAACCCAUAUGCACACAACACCGUCUUGAAUUUGGACGGCGGAUUGAGUGCUACAUAG